AUGAAAACCUAUGGUGAUGGUGAAUGUAUUACCAUUAGUAGUGGUCCUGAACCUCAACAUGGUCGCGUAAUAGUACAAACCGGUGAUCAUCGUAGGUUGCUGAUGGCCCAACCGGCAUUAUUAGACCUUGUGAUGGUGCUCAAAACUAUGAUACUUACUCCACGAUAGUGCAGUAGAUGGAAAUCGUUUUUUUUCACAGAUUAGUGUGAUUAUGAAGGCGGCUAUAGAACGGGUAGAGUCAUGAAAAACUACGAUGAGGGCCGCGACAUGGGUAUUACUAGUCAUCGCGAGCCUCAAUGCGCGACCUUAAUGAAUCAGUUGAGACCGUAUUUUCAGAUUAUUUGGAAAGGUAUUCUUCAUAUUGACAUACCCUUACUCUAGGAAAUCUCAGUUGUAUGAAAAUACUAAUUUUAUCUCUCUUGUGCAUACACUCAGUGCGGUAGUCGUCAAGGCAUCACUGUGUAUGGGGAGGGGGGGGGGGGGGGAUGAUGCUUAACAAAUGUGAAGAUUUACCCUUGCCGCUGGAAGUGUACCG